UUUACCACUAUCCGGAGUUAUACUCAACUCAAGGGGUAGCAUCUUUAUACUCAGACAGAAGCGAUCCUGCUUCCUCCUUAACAAAUCCCAAAUUCUCAAAAUUUCUGCUCUUAAUUUUUUCAAUCAAUUGAUUUUCCCUACCUUUAGUCUUUCUUCAUUUCAUUCAACUAUUACAAAUUCAAGCUGAUCAAUUGUAGAUGAUGAAGGAGAAACCCCCAAUUUAAGGUUGCAUCAAUGCGCAUCAAUUUAGACCUUAAUUGCUGAUUCUAACCCUAGCAAAAAAUUAAGUUACUUUGUUGUUGUCUUUGAAGUUGCAGUUCUGACAAUCAAUGGCUUGUUGAGUAUCAUCAAACUAUCAAAGCAUGGAUCAUAUAAGUAAUUUGCCUGAUGCAAUUAUUAGCUAUAUUCUAUCUUUUCUCUCUACGAAGUCUGCUGUGAAGACAUGUAUUUUAUCGAAAAGAUGGCAGUAUGUCUGGACUAAAGUCCCUGCACUCGACAUUACUGAAAUGCCGCAUUCACGUAGAUACCUGAGUGAUGAGCAGCAAAUUCAUUUCAAGAAUUUCGUGAAUAAGGUUUUACUUCAAAAUGAUGUAUCCUGUCUGCAAUGUUUUACCCUCAGAACCUAUUCUGAGUAUGAUUAUGACUGUAUUGAGUCAUGGUUGAGAGCUGUAGAAGGGCGUGAGUUUUGUGAGCUCAAUGUAAAGCUUCAUUGCCCCAGGACUUUUUACUUGCCUAGACAGUUUCUUUCCGGUCAGAAACUUGUGGUUUUAAAACUAGAAGGGUUUAUGAUUAGUAAUAUGGGGCAUUCUUUCCAUCUUCCAAACCUUGAGAUCAUCCAUUUAGUUUCCGUUCUGUUUGAUGGCGAUCUAUUUCUAAAGAGUUUGGUGUUGGAUUGUACUGCUCUUAAGGAGCUGCUUAUUGAUGGAUGUUAUGGUUUUGAGGAAACACUCUAUGUGGAGUCUUCGACCUUAGAGUCUUUAGAAAUAAAAGAAUGCAUGAUUAAAGAAUGCGCAAUUGAUCGCAGUAAUUAUGUGUUACCUUUUAUACGCAUACAAACCCCAAAUCUUAGGUACCUCAGUCUCCAAGACGCGCUGGCUAAUUAUAACAUCGGUGAACUAAAGUUGCUCACUGAGGCAAAUCUUGAUCUCUGGGAUAGUGAAGGUUAUGAUGAAAUUGAACAUCUUGCACUUCAGCUUAUUGAAAAGAUUUCUGGAGUAAAAUCUCUGUGAUUAGGAAGAACUGAUGUUGUUUGUUGUUUUGAAGAUGCUAUACCAAACUUUGAAAACUUGAUUGAGUUGAAGCUUGCCGCUGAUUUUGUUAUCCAUGAGCUGUUAGAAAGUACUCCUAAGCUGAAAUCUUUGAUCAUUGAGGAAGUAGAUUGUGUUGGUGAGAGUUUUUAUUCCAAAGUUGCGCCUGGUUGUAUGUCAUGUCUUGAAAAUGUUGAAAUUGUCUUGGAUAAAAGACAUCAUAUCAGAUUGGCAGAGUAUAUAUUGAAAGUUUCUACCGCCUUGAAGAAGAUGACAAUCUACUUGCAUCCUACGACUAUAAAGAGGGGGAGAGCUGUUUAUCAAAGUUUAUUGAAUCUUCCAAGAUCCUCACCAAUCUGCCAAGUUAAAGUUGUCCAUCUUGAUUGAUAGGUAUUGUUGAGCUAAACUUUUCAAGAAGUUCACUAUUAGAGCUUCAAGUUUUCGCGUAGUUUUCACCAUAUUUGAUGAUUGGACGGACUGUUAGAGCAGUAAAUUUGAAAUGCAGGCUGAGCAUUGAAAUCUAUUGGAAACAUGAAGACUUGUUAAGCACAGCCUACACAGGAGUAAAAGUAUGUUCCAUAUGCAUAUUGGAUGAUAUUGCAUCUUAUAUAUUCUGUGAAAAAAACAAUUGAAGUAAUCUUUCCCAUUUUUUUUCUUUACUUUUGAACUUUGUUUGAUUUGUAUCAAAUUCAUUACUCUGAACUUCUGAAACUAGUUUAUUGUUUAUCUUAUCAUUGCCAUUCUUCUGAUGCAAAUUAUGUGUUGUGGCUAAAACUUUAAUUUCGUCUAUAAUUUUAUCUCUACUUGUAUGUCUUUUGCCUUCUCAUAAUUUGUAUUACGUAUUCGUUUUCCUUGGAAUAAAUCAAUUUCCUCUUCUAAAUUUGGAUACUAGUGUAAUUUACUUUGGUGUAUUUGGGGCUUGAAAGGAUCACAAUGGUAAUGGAAUGAACACAAUAAUACUCUAGAAGGGGGGGUUGAAUAGAGUAUGGGCAAUUUUUGCAAAACAAAUAUGUCAAGGUCUUAAGAUUAGUUUCAGGGCGGAAUAAACUAAUCUCAGUUUUAAAUUCAAAGCUUUGAAAACAGUUUAUAAAAUAAAAUUGAUUUACUUAUCAGAGUCCAGGCUUGAGGCUUUGACACUUAGACAGAAUGUAAUUUACGAAUUAAGCAAAAAUAAAUGCGAGUAAAGUAAAAAAAAAAAAAAAAAAA